CGAGUCCUGUGGGACUUCACCAGACCUCACACCAUAAUCGGUUCGAUCUUGUCUGUCGUGUCGUUGCAUCUGUUCGCGCUGACAGCACCGGGUGUCAGCAUAAUCAACUUGUCUGCUUUCAUGGUUGCACUCACCUGGUCACUUGUGUGCGCCUCCUUGGUGAAUCUCUUCGUCACGGGGCUGAACCAGAUUUAUGAUGUAGAUAUUGACAAGAUUAACAAGCCGUACCUGCCCAUCCCAGCGGGAGAAUUGUCCCUGCAGAAGUAUAUGCAGGUGAUCAUGAAAAAUUUAAGAUCUGAAAUCUUUCACAGUGCAAAAGUCAUCGUACUUGUUUCCCUGAUUCUUGGGAUUGUAAGAUCAUGCGUACUGGGUACACUUUACUCCAUGCCUCCCUUCCGCCUCAAACGCUUCCCCUUACUGGCUGCCAUAUGCAUCAUCGUUGUGAGAGGGACGCUGGUCAACCUUUCCUUCUAUGCACACACUGCAGCUAUCCUGGGCACGGAGAUGCUUCCUGCAAGGAGUUGGAUCGCUUCUUCAUUCUUCGCACUGUUCGGAUGCGUCAUCGCGCUGAUGAAAGACGUGCCAGAUGUCAGUGGCGAUAGAGAAUUUCAAGUCAAGACCCUUUCUGUUCGGUUUGGAUCUCGCACGGUACUUGUUUUCGACUGCAUU